AUGCGAGCCAGUGUCUGCCUAGCGGUAAUGUCCGCUGUCCUCUGCCCGGCACGAGCAGCAUACCAGGGCUUCAAUUACGGCGCCUUCUUCACCGACAACACGCCCAAGAUGCAGUUGGAUUUCCAAGCCGAGUUCAAGACGGCCCAAAACCUGGUGGGCGCGCCCGCGGGCGGCUUCCACAGCGCCCGCCCCUACACCAUGAUCCAAUGGGGCACGGCAACCGACGUGAUCAGCGCCGUUCCCGCGGCCAUCGCAACCAACACCAACCUCCUCCUGGGCAUCCGGUGCUCGGCAGGCGACGCGGUCGUCAGCAACGAGCUCGCGGCGCUUCAGACCGCCAUCCCGACCCACGGCACCCGCUUCACCGACCUCGUCGUCGGCAUCUCGGUCGGUAGCGAGGACCUGUACCGCAGCUCGGCGGCCACCAUCGCGUCCUACGUCGCCCGCGUGCGCGCUGCCGUCCGCGGCACGCCCCUGGAGGGCACGCCCUGGGCCGACCCGGCGAACCGCGCCGUGCUCGAGCCCGUCGACUUUGUCGGCAUGGACGCGUACAGCUACUGGGAGAGCACGGUGCCCAACGAGGUCGGCGGCAGCCGAGCCAAGGCGCUGUUCGACGCCGCGAUGGACCAUACCGUCGCCGCCACCGCGGCCGUCGACGUGCGCAAGAUGGUCUGGAUCACCGAGACGGGGUUCCCCGUCAGAGGGCACACGUCCAACGAGGCGGUGCCGUCGCCGGAGAACGCCAAGGCCUUCUGGGACGCGGUCGGGUGCCCGCUCUUUGACAUAUCGUGUGCGGAGAUUGCGGGUGAGCGGGGAGAUGACGGCGUCAACAGCGAUGACGACGCGUGCGAUGCAGAGUGA